AUGGGAUACAUGAGAGGAAUUUUCUUUGAAGAUUUCCUCAUAAUCAGCGGCUUGCUUCUUAUCCAGGCAGUCUAUGGCUUCUACACCAUCUUCCUCAACCGUGUAUUAGCCCUAGGAUUCAGCUCUCUCUUCAUCAUCUACGCCGGAAACUUCGUCGGAGCCAUCUUCCUUCUUCCUUUUGCAUUUCUGAUUGAGAGAAAGAAAUGGCCGUGGAGGAUUACAGCGGCUAUGGUGGUUCAGUUUGGGUUGAUAGCUUUGGGAGGGUAAGAGAUUAAGUUGCUGCCAUUUAGCUUUAUAAACAUUAAGCAAACAAUUUAUUUUGUAUUUAUACAUUUAAUUGUCAUUAGAAAUAUGAUUAUGGAAAAAUCAAGGGGCAUUUACUUGCAUGUCACCCAAUUCCUGUGUAUUUACAUAUCUAACUUUUCAAAUUUACUUCUUAAAAGUACAUCUUCUGAUGAAUAGAUAAGAUGCCCUAUAUAAAGACUAAAGUUUUGGAGUUAGAUAUGUAAAUACAUAAGAAUUGAGUGGCAUAUGUUAAUUUUCCUUAUUUCACUGUAAUUAGUGCAUUUUUUAGGUUGU